GCUCUACGGGGUCCUCACGCCUCUUCACGAAAAACAUCCACCGCACUUGGUGGUCACUGCUCUUGGUCCUCCCUGCCUGACUCUAUAGGAUCUCUUUGGCUAAUUUAACAUGAGCCAACAACGAAAAGCUAUUUGGGAAGCAGACCUGGACGAAGAACUUCAGGAUGUCGACCUCAAUCUCGCGAUUGGCAGUUAUGGACAGAACGACCUCUACAACGAUGGUACGCGGCCAGCAUCACUCGCCAAUGAUGUACUGAACAGGCCCUCAACAGUCCAAAGCCGAAUCGAUGAAGCCACGCUUGUUGCCGUGCAGCAGCAAAUGGCUCAACAAGCCGCGUUUGCUUCGAUCCCCGAUGUCGUAAAACGAUUCAUUGUGCACUUCCAUCAAGCUGUCUUGGAGAACAACCUUGCCGAAAUUACUGUUGCGUAUGAGAGCGGAUGGAACCGUUUGACGGAGAAAUUCUACGCGAAGACUGAAUGGCCAGAGGCAGAGGUCAUCGCUCCUCUUGUAAACGAUGACCAGAUCUUCUUGAUCCUUUACCGUGAACUUUACUAUCGACAUGUCUACUCGCGGCUUCAGCCCGACAUCGACGACCGAUUCCACUCAUAUGAAAACAGCUGCGAAUUGUUCAACUACCUUCUCAACUCUGAUGGUCCCGUUCCUCUGCAAUUGCCCGAGCAAUGGCUUUGGGAUAUCAUUGAUGAAUUCAUCUACCAAUUCCAGUCCUUCUGUACUUGGAGAACGAAAGUGAAGUCCAAGACGGACGAGGAGUUGCAGUUGCUUGGGGAAGGUAACCAGGUCUGGAGCUCGUAUUCCGUCCUCAACGUUUUGUACUCCCUUAUUCAAAAAUCCAAAAUCAACGAGCAUAUUCUCGCCCUUCAGGAGGGCAAGAGCACCGAGGAAAUCGCCGAGAUUGUUGGUGAAUAUGGCGUUCGCCCACUUUAUCGUAUGCUGGGAUAUUUCAGUAUCAUCGGGCUCUUGCGUGUCCACAGUCUUCUUGGAGACUUCACGCUCGCUUUGAAGGUUAUGGAGAACGUUGAACUUAACCAAAAGUCGCCCUUUACAAGGGUAACCGCUUGCCAUGUUACGACUUACUACUACGUCGGCUUUUGCUAUAUCAUGCUCCGCAGAUAUUCUGAUGCCAUCCGUGCUUUCGUCUCUAUCCUCAACUUCAUUCUUCGCAUGCGUCAGUACCACACUAGAAGCUACCAAUAUGACCAGAUUAACAAAACUGCGGAUCGGAUGUACGCGCUCUUCGCGAUUUGCAAUGCCUUGUCGCCAAGCAGGCUGGAUGAUAAUAUCUUCAAUACGGCCAAAGAACGAUUCGGAGAGCAGAUCACCAAGAUGUCACGAGGAGAGGAAGGUAUUCCCGCCUUCGAGGAACUGUUCAUCUAUGCCUGCCCUAAGUUCAUCUCCGCAAACCCACCACCAUACGAGGACCCUGAACUCCUUCAAGCAUACAUUGACGAUCCUCCCGUUGAACCAAUUCAGCGUCAUUUGUCCCUUUUCCUCUCAGAAGUCCGGGCACAAGUUCCCGUACCUACUCUUCGGAGCUUCUUGAAGUUGUACACUUCGUUGGAUGCAAAGAAGCUUGCGAACUUCUUGGAUGCUGAUGAGGAGGAAAUGGUUCAGCAGAUGAUGGUCAUGAAACAAGCAAGCCGAAGCAUCAGCCGCGUUGAGAAUGGGAAGGGUCUGUUGGAUGGACAGACUAUCUCUACCAGUGACUUGGACUUCGUCAUUGACGAUAACAUGGUCCAUAUCGCUGAGUCUACUGUCGGACGACGGUACGCGGGCUGGUUCAUCCGGAACACCGAACAUGCUCAGCGCGUGUACGACACUAUCAAGAGCAGUCCUCUUCCACCGAGAAAGGUCAAUGUUACUCAGACUCAGCCUGCUCAGGCUGCACCAGCGCCGCCAAGAAAUGCAGGUGCAAAGGUUGCAUGGGGAGGAAUAAAAGUUGCUUGAUUUGUUCUUCGUAGAUAUUGACGAUGUGAUAUAUUCUUUCCUGAUGGAGUGCCUAUUAUAUUUUUGACCACGGUCUCUGCCCAACGUUCAACAAUUGAGUAUUCGACACCU